CCUCGGCUUCCGCCCGAGGUCUGCGAGCGCAUCAUCGACCAUCUCGAUCCGGGCCGUAUCGACCGUUGGGGAUGGAAUGACGACAGACCGACUCUGUUGACCUGCGCCCUCGUUUGCCGAGGGUGGUACACCGAGAGCCGCGCGGUUCUUUUCGAGGAGCCCGUGCUUGGCACUCGGAAAAAGGCAUUCAUCUUUUUGAGGUCACUGAAGCAGACACCGCUCCUCGGUGCCCGUGUGCGAAGCUUACAGAUCAGGCUCUACAAAGUAGGGAUCAUGACAGGUCGGGAGUCGGCAUCGAUUCUCGUGAUGCUGGCAAGGAAACUUCCCAACCUGGACAAGCUCUCCCUCACCGUGGUCAGCUUCGAGCAGAGCCCUAUACGCGAUCUGGCAUUUUGGAGUCUGCACGAGUUCAGUCAUGUCACAUCAUUGCAGCUAUGGAUUGUGACGUUGCCAUCGGCGAGCCCCUUCUUUCAGGUCAUCUGUUCAUUUCCUCAUCUGCAGCACCUUCGUUUGUGGACUCUGCGCUGGAGCGAACCGAGGUCCAUGGCGCCACUGCCUGAACGCCACCGCAUGCCUUUGACGACAGUGACUUCCCUUGAAUAUGAC